AUGUUGAAGAGCUGCGGGAAGAAGCUGCUCCUCUCCUUGGUGGGCUCCAUGCUGACCUGCUUUCUGGUGCUGGUGGUGGACCAGCAGCGAGGGCAGGUGCUCAGCCUGGGGGGCGACGGGUUGCUCUUGCAGCCCUUCGACGGCGACGGCGCCGCCGCUGCAGCAGCAGCCCAAGGCUCGCUCCGGCAGCUGCCGACUGGAGGCUCGGCGGGGCAGAGCUUCCAAGAAGUCAAGAGCUUCACCGAUUACUUCACCAAGCUGACCCGGGGGAAGCGGGAAGCCGGGCGGCCGGAGGCCGGAGCCAGCCCGGAGGCAGGGCGGCGGCAGCAGCAGCAGCAGCAGCCCAGGCCUCCGCUGGAGGAGAUUUCGCCCCAGGACGUCUUCAUUGCUGUCAAGACCACCAAGAAAUUCCACAAAUCCAGGAUGAAGCUGUUGAUGGACACCUGGAUUUCUCGCAACAAGGACAUGACGUUCAUCUUCACGGACGGCGAGGACCCAGAGCUGAAGAAGAGAACAGGAAACGUCAUCAACACCAACUGUUCUGCAGCCCACAGCCGCCAAGCCCUCUCCUGCAAGAUGGCGGUGGAGUAUGACAAAUUCAUCGAAUCUGGGAGAAAAUGGUUUUGCCAUGUGGACGAUGACAAUUACGUAAAUGUUCGGAUGCUGGUGAGGCUGCUCUCCAGUUAUCCCCACACGCAGGACAUCUACAUUGGAAAGCCCAGCUUGGACAGGCCUAUCCAGGCUACUGAGAGGAUCAGCGAGAACAAGAUGCAUCCUGUCCACUUCUGGUUUGCCACGGGUGGCGCUGGGUUCUGCAUCAGUCGUGGGCUGGCACUGAAGAUGAGCCCCUGGGCCAGCGGCGGCCACUUUAUGAGCACCGCCGAAAAGAUCCGACUCCCGGAUGACUGUACCAUGGGAUACAUCAUAGAGUCUGUGCUGGGAGUGAGCCUCAUCCGGAGUAACCUCUUUCAUUCCCAUCUAGAGAACCUCCACCAAGUACCCAAGUCGGAGAUUCACAACCAGGUAACCCUGAGCUACGGAAUGUUUGAAAACAGGAGGAAUUCGAUCCACCUGAAGGGAGCUUUCUCAGUGGAGGAGGAUCCGUCAAGGUUCCGCUCCGUCCACUGCUUGCUGUAUCCAGACACGCCUUGGUGCCCUCGCCACGUGGUUUACUAAGUGGCAAGGCGCCCCACCCCUUCUUAAACCUCGUCCCGAGUUUCCCCGGUAUCCGAAGAACUCGUGGGACCCGCGUAUUUGCGUUGUGUGCGUGUUUCCUUUGCUGUGAAGCGCUUGGCUCUUAAUUACUGUGGUUAAUUCACAGUGUGUCUAUGUUUUUAUAGGCUGCCGUGCGGCCCUGUUUGUGCUCUAUCUGCCCUGUCGCUCUCUAGGCAGGCCGAGGGUGCUGGUAUUUUGUCGCCCCCCUGUUGUUUUUGCCCCUUUCGAUGGGGUGGGGGUCAUGUCAGUGGGGUGGAACCGCUCUCUAAGCUCGUGCCUCCUUGGGUACGUGGUUCUGGCUGGUUUGGGAUGGAGGGAAGAUGUCCUCCACCCUGCCCUCAAUCAGCAACCCUGGGCAUUUCUGCAGAUUGCUUUGCUGCGUUCUUUUGUAGAACGGAGGUGGGUCCGUGCCCUUUCCGCCACUGUCUCCCUCGCUAGGCUUCCCUUUCCUCUUCCCUACUGAUGAAUUUUUAAAAGCAGCAGGAGCUAGACGGGCAGAACAAAAACCACGCAAGUGGCGAAACUCUGGCCAAAAUUAAGCAUUUUUUAAAAUCGCAUGGGUGUAAAUCGCACCCGUUACGA